UUUCAUAGGUUUUAUUGAAAAAGAAAUGCAAGUGGAUGGAUUACUCAGCCUACUUGUUUAUGAACGGAGAUAUAUAUAAAGAUCUUCAUCUGCCGGCGUUGAUUUUAGCCGGGUGCUUUGUUUCUGUAGCAUUAGUCCUUUCUCUUCUCCUCACUUUCCAACAUCUCCGAUCCUACACUAAUCCUCCGGAGCAAAAAUGGAUUGUUGCUGUUAUUUUCAUGGUUCCAGUUUAUGCCACAGAAUCUAUCUUAUCGUUGUGGAACGCAAAGUUAUCGCUUGCUUGUGAUAUAUUGCGGAAUUGCUACGAAGCGUUUGCCCUGUAUGCAUUCGGGAGCUACUUGAUUGCGUGCCUCGGUGGCGAACUAGAAGUCUUGAACUUGCUUGAAGACGAGGCGGAUAAGCAAAUUAACGAGCCGCUGCUGGAAGGCCGGAAAGAUAAUCCCUCUCCGUCGGAACAGAAAACAUUUCGUAACUUCAUUCUCCGACCAUGUGUGCUCGGAAAGGACUUGUUCGCAAUUAUAAAAUUUGGUCUAGUGCAAUACAUGAUUCUCAAGACUCUUUGUGCUCUAUUAGCAUUUGUGCUGGAGCUAUGUGGAGUUUAUGGUGAUGGAGAAUUUAAGUGGUACUACGGAUACCCGUAUAUUACGAUAAUUUUGAAUUUCAGCCAGAUGUGGGCAUUGUACUGCCUCGUUCAAUUCUACAACGUGACUCAUCGAAAACUCGAACCAAUAAAACCACUCGCUAAGUUUAUUAGCUUUAAAGCAAUUGUAUUCGCCACGUGGUGGCAAGGCGUAGGCAUUGUUUUAUUGUGCACUUUUCGAGUCCUACCAAAGGAAGGGAAAUUUCAAACCGGUCUUCAGGAUUUUAUGAUUUGUAUCGAGAUGGCGAUUGCAGCAAUUGCUCACAUAUUCGUCUUCUCUGCAAAACCCUAUCGUCAUUAUUUCGUAGCGGCUUCCCACUAUGGAGAAGUGACCACUCACCAAGAAACGAAAGCUAUGGUCAAUAUAGAAGAAGGAGAUAAAGACAAGCCAGCACUUCUCGAAAAGAAAGAAACGGAGGUCAAGGCCCCCGGAACUAAUAUUAAAGAAAGCGUGCAAGAUAUUGUCGUCGAAGGCGGUCAAAAGGUUGUGAAAGACGUGGUGCUGACAAUUAACCAAGCAAUCGAGCCGGUACACGAAGGCAUGACGAAAAUCCAAGAAACCUUCCACCAAAUAUCAGUGUCCGAUGAAACCAAAGACGAGACAGAAGUCAAAGUCGAAGAACACGAACAAAAUAUCACUACAGAGCAUGAAGUGUAACUAUAUAUAUAUUUAU